CAUGGCGUCUUGAAGCGCUGUGAAAUAUUUCGAUCCUUGUACAGGAUUUCAUCCCUCGUCGAUGCCAAGGCUGCAAACAUGCACAGGAGUUUGGAUGAGGUUUGGAAAAGCCACAGUGCCACCUGCUAGCAGUCAACACCGGUAACCAUGACGUCAACAUUGUCAUCACAGCGAUUCUGCCUUCGUUGGAACAACCAUCAGUCAAAUUUAUUAUCUGUGUUCGAUCAGUUACUCCAUGAUGAGUCUUUUGUGGAUGUCACACUUGCAGUGGAAGGUCGUUUCCUCCGUGCCCACAAGAUGGUUCUGUCAGCAUGCAGCCCAUAUUUUCAAGCUCUGUUUGUGGGUCAUCCUGACAAGCAUCCAAUUGUUAUCCUGAAAGAUGUACCAUACUGCGACAUGAGGAGUUUAUUGGACUUUAUGUAUCGGGGAGAAGUAAGUGUGGAUCAGGACAGGUUAACUGCAUUCCUCAAAGUUGCCGAGUCUCUGAGGAUAAAAGGACUGACAGAGGUAAAUGAGGAAAAGUGUGACCUUCCAUCAAUAACGUCUUCCCUCCUGUCAUCUGUUCCGCCACCUGUUGUCACUACACACACACCUCCUCCACCCCACCUUCAUAGGAUUCAUCCCACAUCAUCCCCUCAUAAACGUACCAUCCCAAUGCCUUCCGCCCCAUCUGCCACCUCCAGUAAUCCAUUAUUAGGUUCAGCGCUAACUGCACCUAAAAGGAAACGUGGGAGACCACGGAAACUGUCCGGGAGUAGUGGUGGAGCUCCUUCGGCACCUGGCCUAACAGAAGGCGCUACAUCUUCCUCUGGCUCAAAUAGUAGGCACCAGCCUGCAAUAGAUGGUAGUGGGGAUGUUGAAAACUCACCAAGACUGUCAUCUGCAGAUUCGUUAGUGGCACAAGGAUCACCUGAAUUGUUAGAGGUGAAGAUGGGCAUGGAGUUCCAGCAGUCAUCAGCUGCAAAUUCAGGUGCAUCCAGGAGACCAUCAAAUGGAGAAAAUGGACCAGGUCCUGGACCAAAUGCAUCAUCUGCAGAGGAAAGGAAAACACCAAACAAGGAAUCAGCACCAGCGUCACAUUCAAAACAAGUGAAAGAAGAGCCAGAGCCCACGCCUGGACCGUCCUCUCAAGACCCAGGUCAAGCCUUUGUCCGGCCAAGUAACAUGAAUGACCCUGAACAGUAUGCUCUUGUUAAACCUGAAGAAGAUGUGACAAAUGAUGUGGAUUAUGAAUCGUCACUUCCAGAUGAUGAAAAUGAACUGAUAACCUUAUCACCAUCUUCAAGUACAGCUGAAGUUAGGAACAUUGAGGAGUUAAAUGCAAUAAACUUAGAAGGAGAUGCUGAUGAUGGUGAUUUUAGCAAUGAUGUGAGAGAUCAGGACUUAAGUGAUGAUGUUAACAAAACGACAGAUGUUUCUGUCUUACCAGACAGUGAUUUGCAAGCUGUACUCACCUCUGAAAUGAACAAUGUGUUCUCUAUGUCUGAAUCCACCAGGCAACUUUUGUCAUUGGCUGAGGACUGCAGUGACCUUGUUAUACCUACUGAAGACUUUUCGCAAUCAGGGUUUGACACCAACAUGCCAAUUACUGGUUUUGGCAUGUUUGAUCGAGAUGAUGUGCAUGAUGGUUCAGCACGCAGAUUCUGUGUUCGGGAGGCAGAUAACGUUUUUAGGUGUAAAGUGUGCAAUAAGACUUAUACACACAUUAGUAAUUUUUGUAGACAUUAUCUUACGACUCACCGAAGAAGCAAGCAAGUGUUCACUUGUCCACUGUGCAACAAGGAAUUCACUAGGAGAGAUAACAUGAUGACGCAUAUUAAAGGAGUACACAGAGUCUGAACUUGGUCCAUCUGAAAGAAGCUACAUGUUCAGUACUUCAUUUCAGUGUCUUUCUGUAUAAAUAAGCACAGACAAUCUUUAUUGAGAGUAUGUGUUCCAUAUUUUGUGUAUGUGUUAGCUAGAUAUUUUUUUUUCAGCUUUGGUGUUUCAUUUCACUGUUCUUAAAAUGAUUUUUAUUGCUUUAAAAUAUCUGUCAUUACACUUUAUUAAAUGUGAUAUAUCUUUUGUUUUAAUCUCUGAAGCUUCCUCAUUUGCUACAGCAGGAAAAUGGGAUGUGGUUGUCUUGUAAGGAGUAGAUGAUUUUAUAUGUCUAAUUUCUAAUGUUUGAAGUGAAAUUUAACUCAUAUUAUAUGGUACCCAUAUGUAUUUUUGUCAGUUUUGAGCAUGUAUUUGAUUUGUACUUAAAUUUAUGUGAAGUACUCAACAUUCAAAAUAGAUAGUAACAGACAAAAAUUUAAUUUUAAUUUCAGCUCUUGUGCUGAUAGUUUACUUUAAUGGUUGAUUCUCUGGAUGUGUGUGACAAUGAUUGUUAGCCUGAGGUAGGGAUGAGUAAACUAUGGCACACCCAUUUUCACUCCUUCUCCUGGAGCUAAUAUGAAAGCUUGGCCUAUGAUAUUUACUUAUCCAUUUCUUUAAAAUAAAAAUGUUGCCAGGCUAAACUGUAGAAUUCAGUUGGUAAUUCAGCAUGAAUGGAAUCACUUACAGUUGAAUGCGAUUGGAUUGGAGAAGUUAAAGAUUUUGAAUAGCGAAGCAGCAAGUAGUGUUCUAGUGUGAAUAAACAAGCAGAACCUUUUUGAUACCCAUGUUACUGUACGUUGCUGUGCCUUAUGACAUUGUUGCACUCCACAUGCAGUUGAAAUUAAUUUUUCAGUUACCAGAAGUCUGCAGUUGCCAGUGUUGGAGACAGAAUGGAAAGGGAUAUGCUGUUAUUGUGAUGCCUCUGUUUAGGGUCAAAGUGAGAGAUAUGUAGUGCUUGGUGGUGUCAGUUGAAUGCCUUUUUUCAGUGAUGUAAGUGGUUCAGUAUCAGUAUCUGUUGAACAUGAUAAAACUGAUUGAGUUGGCCCAAGUAGUAAUACUUUUGACUGGGGUUCAGGAAGUGCCUGGUUCAGAUCUUGGUUGGGACCCAUCUAAACUGUCCUGUUUCUCAUGGUGCUCCAUAUUGCCUUCUGUUAGAUGCUAGGAUAAUACCUCAAAUUAGGCCAUGAUUUGUUUCUGUAUUCACAUAUCAUCCUACCAUGUGGUGCCAUGUAGUGUGAACUACUGACAGUGUCAUUGAAUAAAAUAAAUAAAAUCUUUUUGGGCUAUCAGCCAUGUCAUUUGUUUAAAAAUUUUCAGGGACCAUCUCUGUACCCAUCAUCAGGGUCUGACAUGACAAGAUUCAGACCGUCCUCUCUCUAUGCUAGCACAUGACCUCUGAUUGGAAUUGACUAAAAGUCAGAGGAGUGCUAGUAGGCAGAGUCAUAAGUUUGUGUGCCCUGGUCCUGUCUCCAGAUAGGCUCAUCUGAGUACUGCUUUAUCGUGUUAGUCGCUGGGUACCAGGACCAACUCAGAUUGCAACUUCUGUCCUUGUUGAAGUUUUGGGGAUGGGGACUGAUCUCAAUUUGCCUGUUUAGUAUGUCACUGCUUAAUGAAGGAGUUCAUUGAGAUCAGGCUCCACCCCCAGAAACUUCAACAAGGAUGGAGGUUUCAGUCUCAGUUGGUCCUUGUGACUAAUAUGAUAAAGCAGUAUUGAGAGGAACCAAUCCGGAAACAUGACCAGGACAAACAAACGUGUGACUUCACCGACUAGUACCGCAUUGGCACACACUUUCAGUUCCAGUCACAAAGGGGGGGGGGCUGGUUGUUGUGUGGGUGGGACAGUCUAAUGAUGGGAACAAAUAUAGUCCGUGUAACAGUAAAUUUUAACCAGCUGAUACAGCUGAUAACCCAAGAAAAUGUUUUCUUUAGUCACUAUGAAAGCUUCAUAUCUAAUAAAUACACAAUUUGAAAGGAUGAAAUAGUGUAAAUAUUCUGUUCUUAAUAUGUGUGAAUGGCUGUACUUGUAUGUGUGGGUGCAAGAAAGCUACAAAAUUUACAGAAAGUGAGUGCAGAAUGUUUAACAGUGAGAAGCACAAUAUUUCUUCGUAGGUAUAAGAUCUACCACUGUGUGCCUAAUUUAGUGACAUUGUCUCCAUAUUUGAGGUGACACUUUACUUCAAGACAUUGUGCCAGUUAAUCUUUGGGUGCAUGAACAAGAAAAGCCAAAGGUUUGCUAAUGAGAUCUAAAAGUUUGUGAUGAUGGUACAUUAAUACAAAUACAAAAUAAAGUGUUGCUGUUGAAUUGGAAUAAAAUGAUGUGGUUUUUACAUUACAGAAUAAAGUGUGAAACACACCCUGAAAAAGAUGUGAAGUACUGUUUGCAAAACUUGCCACAAUCAAGACAUAUGUUUUCUCAUUGUAUUUUUCACCAGGAAGAACCCAGAAAAACAUUUGAAUUAUGAGUAACAUAAUGAAUACAUUUGUGAAACCUGUGAAUUUCAUACAAGCCAGAGGUUUCAACUGCAGAAAGUUGAUGUCCCUGUUACAUUGUUUGUUUGCUGAACAUACUAACGUACCAUACCACUCUGGUGUUUGAUAGCUGAGCUUAGAGAAAUCCUCAGAAAAGCGCAGGACCCAAGAGAAGAAAUAUUGACAUUCCCGCAGAUUGAAAGAUGACAAUUGGAAAACUGGUGUGGCCUUCUUAAUUGGUAUUUUGGAACAUCAGAAUAACUGGAUCUUCUUUUUUUAAAGGAAAACAACUCCUUACACAUGAGUUACAUACAGCUGUACAGAGUUUCAAAACAGAAGAAAGUAAAUUUACACAUUUUUCUAUUCUGGGAAGAACACAUGAAUUAUAAUGCAGCUUAUAAAUGCAGUAACAUUCUUCAAAAACUACAUGAAGAAUUCUGGAGAUUACUCAAAGAUUUCUUGAAAGUGGGACUUGAAAUUCAGUUGUUGAUGUGUCCAUUCUCCUUUUGAUGUUGGAAAGGCUCAAGGUAAUCUUCAGGUGAAACUGGGUAAUGAUGUGGAAGCGGGGUUGAAUACCUUCACCGUGACCCUGCGAGUCGUAGGAGGCGAUGAAAAGGGAAGUCUCAAUUCUGAGACAUUAAAAUAUGGUCGCAAGUCCCAAGGGACUCGGACCCGAGUAAUAUCACUAUAUCUUCUUAUAUAACAUUGUGUCGGACUGCGUAGAAAACAUGUCACUGUCCAUAUUGUUGUAGGCUUUGCCUAGCAAUGGCUGUUUACUAGCUUUGCCUAGCAACAGCUGUUUAUUUGCCAUUGCUAAACAAUGAUACUUGCAUUGUCAGUGUAACGUUUGCUUGAAUGUGGGCAGUCCCCACAUCACCCCCCCCGCGGAGAUGGUUGCUCAGCUGUUGAAGCGAGCAGGGAAACAUAUAUUGCAUCCAGAGUGUGUAGUUGGUGUGAUGGGCAGUGGUGGUGUGGCAUGUGGUUCUGCAGCCGGUGCUAUGUCAGCUGUGUGAUUGAAGGUCUAGGUGGUGCAGCUGUUGGUUUCACCUCGGGUUUGAUUUUCUUGGGGUAGAAGGUGAGGGGCUAUCAGGCGUUCUUGAUGUGUUGCUGCAGCACGGCAUCCAUGGUGGAUGUGGAGGUGUCUGUGAUGAGUGCACGUGGUGUGAAUGUGUCAAGGUAUGCCAGUAGAGUGGCACGUGACAAACUCACCUUUCACUUUUCAAAGGCCUUGUGUAGCUCCAGUGUCCAAGUGGUGGCGUAGGAGCUCUUGCCUUUGGGUCUGGAGAGGACAUCUCGAAGUGGUGCCUCGUGUGCUGCCAUGUGGUUCAGAAAUUGCCUGUAGUAGUUCAGCAUGCCCAGGAAACGGCCGAGCUCACUGGCGGUUUUGGGAGGUUGGCAGGUUUGUAGAGAGUUUAUUUGUUCUCCCAGUGUUUGGGACCCCUCAGUGGAGGCUUUGUAACCGAGGAAAGUGAUUUUGGGUGCUCAGAUGAUUCAUUUUGCCGGGUUGAUGAGGAUUCCAUAUGUCCGAAGUCGGUCGAGGAGAGACUGUAGAUGCCAUUCGUGUUCCUCAAGUCACUGGGAUAUGUGCCACUGUUGAUGUUUGCUGUGGCAGUUUUUCUUGUUGGCGGUAGGAGCAGGGCUGCGUGCACUUUUGUGCCCAGGUUCCAUAGCAGCAGUGGUACCGGCAGAGGUUGGUUGUAGCAAUGUCUUGGGAUGGAGACCUGUUGCUCAAGUGGCGGUUCCUGGAGCUGGGGCAGGGAUCCUUGUAGUUGGACAGAAGGUGGGCUAGCACAGACUUGCCUUAGAAAAUGUACUUCUGAAUGUAAAUGGUGAACUUUGGAAUUUUUUGCAUUUAGCUCUUCCGUUUCACAUUUUUUGGACACUUCUGUAGAGCUUUCAUUAUAUUCUGUGUGGUUGUAUAUUGGUGAAAUAUCAUUUUUAAAAUAUGCUCAGUUCUUUUCCCUUGCAAUUAAUUGUUCAGAGAAAGCCUGCAAAAUAUUCUUCGUAUAUUGAUGUGAUUUUACUUUGUCAUAGAAAGAUAUGUAAUACCCACAAAAUUCUUGUGAAAUUUUCAGUUCAGUAUAAAUCAGCUUUCUGGGGGUAACCUCGAAACUGAUGAAUUAUGUGGAGAUUUUCAGUUAACACAGUUAGAUGAAGUGAGGUUAUGUCCAUCAUGACGCGAAACUGAAAGUCAGCAAUGCCAUUGUGAAUACAUUGAAGAGUCAGUAACUUCAUUCUUGAGAUGGAAUCUGCAGUCUGAAGGUAUGUGUCACUGACAUUUGUUGUUGACCAAAAUUUGAGAACUUUUAUGGCUUCUCGGGAAACUGAUGAAAUGAUUCUUUGGUCCCAUUUUAAAUCUUGGUGUAUAGUUUCUGAUAGUACUGAGCUUGGUUGAUAUCUUCAUUGGCAUUUGACCCAGUUUCAAGCCACCUCCUGUAGAAGCUUAGAAACAUAAUGGUUUAGCCCAACAAUGUGAAUCCAGAUAUAUAUGAUGAAACAAAUGCAACCUAAAGCAGUUGUCAAGAAGAUAUGUAGUAGCAUAUGUAGCCAAUGGGAGACUGAAUUCACAGAGGUGAAUGACUGCAAAAGCAAAGUAUGGGUAUAUAAAUUGGAGGAGUUUACAGUGAUGGAAAUGCAUAUUGUGGUCUUCUGGGUUUUGACAUUGUGUGUUGGCACCUGCCUACAUGAUGUCACAACACAAAAUGCCUGAAAGAAAAUUGUUGAUAAUUUGUGAAAAAUUUGAAGCUUAUAUUUGCCAGCACAUAGACCAGGUUAUUCUGCAUACUGGCUGGGGUAAAAAUUCUAUAAACUCUGAUUACUGGAAUUUUUCUUUGAAUUGUAUUAUUUGAAUUAUUCUUUGAUAUAAGCAGUCAUCUUUUCUGGAGCUAUAAAUUUGUGGCAUUGUGUAGUAGAAACAAAUGUCAUUAUUUCUUAAAAGAGAACCCUCCCUGGUGUCUGCAGUUGGAUGGCCGGAAAGGGGUGUGUUUACCAAGAGUUGCACCGUCCACGUCACAAUAUGAACACACAUUUUAUAGAUGUCGCCUUGGUAUUUUUCAUUAUCAUUAUUAUAGUGUAAUGUUUCAGUUGCUAGUCUUAUGACAGUUUGUAUGUCCUCCAGAACAUUCUCUAUUGAAAAUUACUCAGUUUUCUUAAAGAGAGCUUUUAAGUUGGAAUAAUAUUAAUUUACGGUAUUUUUCAAGUACUAAUUUAUUUUAGCCGUAUUUAUCUGUAUUGUGUGUUAAAAUAGAGGGAACACUGUUUUGAAGUUAAAUUUUGUACACAAGAAUUAUAAAUACAUUUCAACUAAGAUAAACAUUAGUUGUUGCAGCUUCUUUUAAUCACAAACAGUAAAGGUUUAAAAGUUCAGCUGACAUUGUUGUCAGAGGAAGCAGCUGGAAGAUUCCUAGUGCUUCAGUCUAACAUAAUUGUAAUCUUUGUGUUUUAAUAAAUGGUCAGUGUUGGAGACUACAGUGAAAUACGAGUAUUGACAUUAAAGCUGUAAACAAGAAUUUCAGGUGUUAUUUGAUUGUAUUUGAAUAAUUUGUGGUUAAUUUGGCCUUGUUCAUUGUUGUAACUCCAGUCAGUCUUUAUUUGUUCUUUGCAAGAGAACAUAAUGACAGUUUUGUAGAAAGUUCCAUAAUGUUUCACAUCUUUAUUGGUAGCUCUUAUUUACUGCUUGUAUGUAUUUUUCCUGAAAUAUAUGUUACAUGCUUGCAAAUGAAAGAGGUGAAGUCAGAAACUGUGAUGUAUAAAAUUAAAAAUACGCAAAGUGAAUAAUUUUGAGAUAAUGGUCUGGCUUUUUUUAUUUUGUUACAUGUAUAUGAAAACGUAGCUCUGCAUCCCAUCCCCUCUCACCUCCCUUGAAAUUCAUCUGUAAUUCUUUUACCCUACACAGGGACAGAAUUCAGGGCCAAAUGUUCUAAUUGUUAAUUGUUGCCUUUUCACCUCGUUAUUGGUGAAACAGCCCUGAGCC